AUGUUUUCCACAAGGGCGCUCUGCGCGCGAUCUGUCUGGAAAGGCCCCAAUAUCGUCCCCCUCCCCAUUGCACGAGCAAAGGCUGGUGAACGACAGGCCCCGAUCAGGACGCAGGCACGCUCAGCUACCAUCCUUCCAAACUUUGUCGGUCUGAAGUUCCAGAUCCACAACGGCAAGAAGUACGAUGAUAUCACAAUAACGGAGGACAUGGUCGGACACAAGCUUGGAGAAUUUGCGCCGACACGGAAGAACUUCACAUACAAGCAGACCAAGAACAAGUAG